AUGAAUACCUCGGCGCAGCAAUAUUGUUUACGCUGGAACAAUCACAGUUCCAAUUUUGUGACAGUAUUCGAGCAGCUAUUGAAAUCUGAAGCUUUUACGGAUGUGACAGUCUCGGUACAUAAUGGAACUUCGAUCAAGUGCCACAAAAUGGUCCUCGCCGCAUGUUCAUCCUACUUCCAGGAUCUUUUCAUUAAGAAUCCCUGCGAACAUCCCAUCAUUAUUCUGAGCGAUGUCAAGUAUUGUGAAAUUAAGGCAAUUCUCGAUUAUAUGUACAAAGGAGAAGUCAAUGUAGCUCAAGAUCAGUUGGCUGGAUUGUUAAAAGUCGCAUCCUUCUUAAAGGUAAAGGGUCUUGUGGAGGAUAGCGAAUCGAGCAAUAGAAGAGAAGCCGAACCUUCCAUGUCUCCGUCACCUGCCAUCACCACAAGUACGAUGAGUACCGUAGCUCACAGCAGUGGAUACAUAUCUCCACCCCAUAUUCCUUCCUCGACCUUCAUCCCAUAUGGCAAGUCUCCCGUGGAAAGAAAUCAUAAUCACAUGCCAUUGUGGGCUGCUUUCUCUGGGCUUCCCAUGCCUCAGCAUCCCAUAUCUGGGCAUCAGCCACCACCGCGCAGUCAACACUCCAUUCUUGGAAGCUCCUAUGAAAAUUCAUCCGAGACUUCUCCUCUGAGCAGGAAAAAGCUCUCCAGCUUAAUGGCCAAUCGUGAUACACCAAUCUUAAGAAAUGUCCUUGGUCAAGGGCAGGCCGAUAGUUCUCAAGGAAUGUCCACUCCUCAUCUAGAAAGACAGGAUGCGUCAUUUUGCUCGAAUAGCAACGGAUCGGCUCACGAUUCGGAUAGACGAAACAGUGCAGAGCUCUCCGAAUCCAUGAUAGACGAAGAUGAGAAACAAAUCUCUCCCCAGAAUUACCCAGUUGGCAAUAAGUCAGGCGGACCCAAACCCGAGUGGAAACGCUACAAGCAGUACACCCGGGAGCACAUAAUGGACGCGAUGAGUGCCGUGCGCAACAAAGAGAUGAGCGCACUCCAAGCGGCAAGGAAAUACGGGGUGCCGUCGCGCACCCUCUACGACAAGCUCAAGAAGGCCGGGAUCCUGCCAUCGAGGGGUGCCGCUGUCCAGAGGCGCGAAUCCUCGCACUGUGGUAGCGCGCGUUUCCCCUAUGCGAGCAGCAUCAACGGGAGUGUGUACGGCAGCGGGGGCGGCGGGGGGGCCGUUCUCUCGGAGAGCGAGAGCGAGACCAAUGGACCCGGGGGCUGCACGAGCGAAGCUUCCUAUGCCUCGGCCCUGGCGAUGGACAUGUCCACGCGUAGCCCAAGCCCGAACCCGAACGCCAUCGGCGGCGGUCUCUCGGCCGAGCUCGACGACCAGGUUGAGGACCUGUCACUUAGCCGCGGCGCGCCCCCCCACGAGGAGGAGAACGCCAACGAUUCGGAUAGCUCCAACCGCGUCUGA